AUGCUAAGGCAUCAUCUCAAAAGGAUAAAACAGAGUUAUUUCAUCCUUUUAGAUACAAUGUUUACUAAAGGAGGAGGAAGUGGCAAAUACAAGAAGAGGGGGGGACCCAAGGGGCCGGGGGCUGGAAGAACCCCUCUUGGGGGACCCCAGGGGCUGCCUCCUCGGGACGUGUCUGGGGCCCAGAUGCCUGAAGGCAGCAGCAUUUUUGUUGAGGGGCAUCUUCCCCGUGGGCUGAAGAGUCCAGUUAGCCCGGGGCUGCUCCGAAUGCUUUCCCAGGGGCCCAGCUCGCACGCAAAUCCGACAUGCUGA